AUGAGCAGUUCUGAAGAAAGGAUGUUCGAGAUGGAUCCUGACCCAACUUCAUCGCCAGAAGCAAGCCCCAAACAGCAUCACAGUGCAUGCCACAUACUUGAGGGUCUCCUUGGGAGGUGCACGCAGGUGGAGAUGGAGAUACAUGAGAGGGCCAUGAAGCAUGUGAGGGAGAUCGGCGAGGAGAGGAAGAGGAGCAGCUUGAAGAGGAGGCUGAUGAUGAGGCUGAGGAAAGAUGGCUACGAUGCAUCUCUCUGCAGGUCUUCUUGGGUUGCCACCAGUGAGCAUCCAGGAGGUGAUUACGAGUACAUCGACGUGCUCGUGGCAGGUCACGACGUUGACACGUCGUCUAGACUGAUCGUGGACGUGGAUUUCCGGUCCCAGUUCCAGCUGGCCAGGCCAGCAGCAUGGUACGCCCACCUGUCGGGCCGGCUGCCGCCGGUGUUCGUGGGCCCGCCGGAGAGGCUGCGCCAGGCGGUGGCGCUGCUGUGCGUGGCGGCGCAGCGGUCGCUCCGGGAGAGCGGCCUGCACGUCCCGCCGUGGAGGCGGCCCGGUUACGUGCAGGCCAAGUGGCUCCCCUGCCGCAGCGUGGCGCUGCCACCCGGCGGCGGCGACGCAGCACCCGCUGCCGCCGCGGCGUACGGCGGUGGCCGCGCGGUGGUGCAGUGGUCGGUGGGGAAGGAGACGAGACGGCGUGGUGGUGGUGGCCCCCGUAGGUCACGCCUCUCGGUGGAGCUGUCCGACUCCGGCGCCGGCGGGGUGAGCUGA